AUGGAUGUAGGAGAAAAGAUCUUAAAUGGCUGCCAUUCAAACAUGACUAAAAGAGAAAGAGAGGCUCUUAAAGAUCUGGCUCAAAACCCAGACCUAGUCAUUAAAAAAGCAGAUAAAGAUGGAGCUCUAGUGGUUCUAAAGAAAGAAAGUUACAUAACAAUGGGUGAAGCACAUUUAUCAGAUACUGAAACAUACAUCCCUCUAGAGAACCCAGAGGAAGCCCUACAGGCAGUAAAAAGAGAAAGCAAGAUCCUAGUAAACCGCUUUUACACCUUAGAUACCUCAGGAAAAAAUGGAGGAAACAGAAGAAGUUUCCUGGCAGGUCAAAGAGAUGCAUUACUAGAACAUGAACCCAUAAUCCCCCACUGGUAUAUACUACCAAAAACCCAUAAGAAAAAAGACCCAGAGACAGGCCUAUGGCCAGGUAGACCAGUGUUAAGUGGAUGUAAUGCACCUACAAGGCCCGAGGAAGCAUCUUGGAUUGUGGCAAAUUUCUAUGAAAAGAACUUUGCAUAUGUCAAGGAAAGAUUAAAAGCAGAACAUAAUAUGAUAGCCCCACCCCCGUACUUAAUAAAAGAAGGAAUAGAUCAUGUCUUGCAAGGCACACUACUAAGGUUCAACAACCACUUCUAUAACCAAGGCAAAGGAACAGCUAUUGGAGCCUCAGUCUCAGUAGCCAUAGCUGAAAUCUUUGUACAUGCUAGUAUAGAAGGAAAAAGACAAAAACUGGAAAAACAGCCAGCAGUUUUCUAUAGAUACAUUGAUGAUAUCUUUGGAAUCUUCACUGGCACAGAGGCAGAACUCUUGGAAUACCACCAAGAGCUCAAUAAGAUACACCCAGAUUUGAAAUUCACAGUGGAAUAUAGUAAAAAGGAGUUGCCCUUCCUUGAUACUAUGGUAUACAUGGAUGCAGAAGGAAAAGUGCAAACCUCGGUGUACCACAAACCUUCAAACACACACCAAUAUCUGCACUUCCAAUCAUGCCAUCCCCCAAGCCUCAAAAGAUCCUUACCAUAUUCUCAAGCACUGAGAAUCAAAAGGAUAGUAAGAGUCCUGAACUACUCCCUGAAGGAAAUAUGGGAAUGGGUAGUAGAAAAUGCUGAAGGAACCCCAUGGGAAAAUAAGUUUACGGCUCCACAUCCCAUGAUAGCUUGGAGAAAAGGAAAAACCAUAGCUGACUUUCUAGUCAGAGCACAAUUCCCCAGACCUCUUAAAACAUAA